AAUAGAGAAAUCUAGUUGUGCACAAUGGCCUAGUAGUGAGAAUAGGAUAUCUGGUUAAGUCUUUCAGGUCAAAAGAGAAGCAUCUCAUCAUAUGAAUUUCUACAGAGUUUUGGCUUCUUAUUAACUCAGAUCUUCAAUUUGUAUAUUAUUUUCUUUGCUAACUACUUUCUGUGCCUUUCGAUUUUCGUGUCAGAUUCCAAAUACGUCCAAACUUAAUUUGCCGUUUUCCACACUGAUUUGGAACACGAUGCUGUGGUUUUCCAGUAACUAGAUAUUAUAAAAUUAAACUUUCUUACUUAAUCUUAUUUAGCACCCCCAUAAAUAUCCAUUUAAGAUACCCCUCAAGUUGACCUUUUUAUGGUUUUGUUGUGUCAUAAAUCUGUCUUAAUCUCUUCGUAUCUCCUUGUUUCAAAUGAAUGUUUUAGCUUGAUCAAUAUAUAUACUUGCAUAUAAAGAUCAGUUUAUUUAUGUUGAUAAUUAAUAAUAUAUAUGUCAGAUAUAUAGGCCUGCUUUUCUUUGUAAAGGAGAGCUUGGCCAGAAAAGCAAGUAUGCAAAAUUUGUUAAAGAGCAGAGGUCCUCCUGCUUAUUUAUUAUUCCCAUUUCUGUGAUCCUAUCGCUCUGUGAAUAGACAAUUCAAUAUACCAUGAGUAGUACUAUUCUCUGCUUCUUCUUCUUCCUCUUCUUAUCACUUUCCUUUUUCAAUGUUUAUUGUGAUGGAGCAAGUGAAACAAAGCUAAACACUUCAUUUCGAGACAACCCAUUUACAUCAAAAGCAUCACUGAUCCGUUACUGGAACACCCACAUUUCCAGCGACCUUCCUAAACCGCCACCAUUUCUUCUCUCAAAAGCUUCUCCACUAAACGUCAUUGAUUUAGCGAAACUCACCAAAGUUGCCACUGAAAACUCUCUAUCUUUGCACCUUGAUGCCUUUUGUUCCUUAGCCAAUUUGAUAUGCUCAUUUGACUCACAAGCAUAUACAUUCAAACAUACCAGCCAAGACGCUAACUUUGCAGUUUAUACCAGUAGGAACUUUGUAAACUAUGGCAGCGGACGACUCGGCGGAGUCGACUCGUUUAAGAAUUACUCAGAAGGGAUAAACCAGCCCAAUGACUCGUUCAAGAAAUACAGUAAAGAUGGAACUGGACAUAGUGAGGACUUCACCAGCUAUGGUAAAGACGGUAACAUUGCCAAUGAGAACUUCGCCGGGUAUGGUCCAGGAGCCAACGGUGGCUCAGGUCAGUUCACGAGCUACGCAGCCCAAGUCAAUGUCCCCAACCUACGGUUCACAAGCUAUGACUCGGAUGACAACAACCACAAACUCAAAUUCACAAGCUAUAGCGAUGAAACAAAUUCCGGAGCUGAAACAUUUAUCAGCUAUGGGAAGAAUGGAAAUGCUGGUCCAACUGAUUUCACUGGCUACGGUGUAAACUCAAACACGGUGGGGUCGGGUUUUACAGGCUAUGGUGAGUCAGGAAAUGCACCGAAUGACACAUUUACAAGUUAUGGUGACUCAGGAAACAACCCACAUAACACAUUUAAGAGUUAUGGGCUCGGUUCAAACUCGGGGGUCAGUAGCUUUUCAAGUUAUAGAGAUAGUGCCAAUGUUGGUGAUGACUCUUUUCAAUCUUACGCCAGAAAUGCAAAUUCAGGUAAAGCGAAUUUCGCAAAUUAUGGGAAAACAUUCAACCUAGGAAAUGAUACAUUCAAAGAAUAUGGUAUAGGAUCAAAGGGUCUAACUAGGGUUGGGUUCAAAAGCUAUGGCUUGGACCGUUCAUUCAAGGGCUAUGCUAAGAAUGUUGCCACAUUUUCUGGUUAUAGCAACACAGGUGGCUCUUCACGUCAGAGUGGCAAUCUUGCGAAAAGAUGGGUUGAACCAGGUAAAUUUUUCAGGGAAGCCAUGCUGAAGCAGGGGAAUGUCAUGGCAAUGCCCGACAUAAGGGAUAAAAUGCCAAAAAGGUCAUUUUUGCCGCGACCGAUUUUGUCUAAAUUACCAUUUUCAACUUCAGAGUUACCCCGGUUGAAGGAAAUAUUCAAGGUAAAAGACAACUCGAGCACAGAGGCGGUGAUGGUGAGCUCACUGGCAGAGUGCGAGAGGGCUCCGAGCCAGGGUGAGACCAAACGGUGCGUGGGCUCAAUGGAAGACAUGAUAGACUUUGCCACGUCAGUGUUGGGUCAAAAGGUUGUGGCUAGGACAACAGAGAGUGUGAAUGGUUCAAAGCAAAGAGUGAUGAUGGGCUCAGUGAGAGGAAUCAACACUGGGAAAGUGACCAAAUCAGUGUCUUGUCAUCAGAGUUUGUACCCCUAUCUUCUGUAUUAUUGUCAUUCUGUGCCCAAGGUUAGGGUUUACGAGGUUGACAUACUUGAUGCGGAGAGCAAAGAGAAGAUUAAUCAUGGUGUUGCCAUUUGUCAUAUUGACACAUCAGCUUGGAGCCCGACGCACGGGGCCUUUGUGGCACUUGGCUCCAGCCCGGGUCAGAUUGAAGUCUGCCACUGGAUCUUCGAAAACGAUCUGACUUGGACCAUUGCAGAUUGAUCCAGGACUAGUGCCUUCAUUUUCAUUUAUUGUAUUAGCCAUAUGUGCUUAUAAAUUCAUGUUUGUCAUUGAGUGGACGAAGUUGAAUUCUUUCUUUCAGCUUCCUAUUUGGCUUGUGAUUGUCAUGGAGCUUUCUGAUAACUUAUUGAUAGUUUAUUCCAA